AUUGUUUGUUGAAAAAUAAACCCCACCCGACAACCCUUUCGCAGUUGUUUCUCAAUUUUGAAAUUCGUGCAAAAAAUUGAUCUGCAGAAACAACCCCACAAUCGGGAAUCAAAGUUUAACGAGUCUCCUCCAUCAGUUGAAUUGUUCGUAAUCUACGAAAGCUAUGUCUUUGAAAGUUAUAGUAGUGUUGUUAGCGGGGUUUCUAGCAUGGGCUUACCUCGCCUUUUGCCCUCCACCUCCUCGCCUAUGUGGCUCCAUUGGCGGUCCCGCCAUAGAAGGACCUAGAAUCAAACUCCGAGACGGACGACACCUGGCGUACAAGGAGCACGGAGUCCCCAUAGAGAGAGCUAAUUAUAAGAUCAUAUAUGUUCAUGGAUUUGGCUCUAGCAAACACGAGGCUGCUAUUGCUAGAUCGGAAUUAGUCGAGAAAAUGGGGAUACAUUUGGUAAGCUUCGAUAGACCGGGUUAUGGAGAGAGUGAUCCAGACCCGAAAAGAACAAUAAAAAGCACAGCGCUGGAUAUAGAAGAACUCGGUGAUAAAUUAGGACUUGGUCCGAAAUUUUACGUUAUCGGAAGUUCGAUGGGAGGGCAGCUUGUUUGGGGAUGCCUCAAGUACAUCUCUCAUAGGCUGGCAGGAGCAGCAUUGAUAGUUCCGGUUGUUAAUUACUGGUGGCCUAGUUUUCCAUCGAGUUUAUCUACAGAAGCGUAUUACCAGCAAUUUCCACAGGACCAAUGGGCAUUGCGAGUGGCACACCAUGCUCCCACCAUGGUUUACUGGUGGAACACUCAGAAAUGGUUCCCUCCAUCAAGUGUCAUAUCUGGCAAAGCUAAUUUCACUGCUCCCGAUUUAAGAAUUUUAUCAAAAUACGGUUCGAGUAUGGGUAUCAGGGAUUAUGCAAAGCAACAGGGGGCAUAUGAGUCACUUCACCGAGAUCUGAUGGUGUCAUUUGGGAAAUGGGAAUUUGAUCCUAUGAGUCUCGAUAAUCCUUUUGUUGGAGGAGAAGGUUCCGUUCAUUUGUGGCACGGGGUUGAAGAUGGUUUGGUGCCUGUCGCUCUGCAGCGGUACAUUGCUAAGAAGCUUCCGUGGGUACAAUACCAUGAAUUGUCGAACGCUGGGCAUUUGUUUGUACAUGAUGAUACUAGUGCCAAAGAUGCUGUCUUGAAAUCACUAUUGACAGGGGACAAAUGAAUGUUAUUUCUACUUUAUUCUCGUUUUGAAGUUCUUCUGGUGGAAAAUAGCUAAUUAUACAAUAUGUACCGAAAAUGCGCAAUAAUGUUUCAUGAAGAUGCAAUUUUUCAUUUGUUGUU